CUGUCACCGUUACCCUUUCGAAGACCAUGACCGCGUGCCCCGGCGCGUCGUACAACUUCAGCGGGUGGACCAGGCGCAGUGCGGGGACUCUGGGGCUCACGUGCCAGAUCGCGUUCGCGGCUGACGGCGCGACGUUUGCGACGUCGAACCUGCCCACCUAUCCCAUUGCCGGGGUGCCGGGGUGGUAUCAGACGACGGCAACGGGUGUCCAGUUUGCUGGCACUACCGGUAGGCUGGCUAUGACACUGACCUGUCCGGGAUCGGACGGGACGGGCGUCAACCUGGGCGUCUUUUUGGAUGAUCUUGUGUUGACUGCGGCGACGUAGGAGGUUGGAGAGGAGUGUGCCUGUGGGGAGGGGCCGCCAUUGAGGAUGGUAAUGAAAGAAGAUAUAGGGUGCGAAGAUGAGAUUUAUAAUGUGUCGAACUCUUAUUUAGGAG